AUGGCAAUGGUAGUUAGCAGCUGGCGAGAUGCGCAAGAGGACGUGGCCGGGGGCGGCCCCACCGGAGCAGCUCAGCCGGGCCGGGAUCCGCAGCAAGGGGCCUCGGCGGCCCCCCACACGCCGCAAACGCCGAGCCAGCCAGGCGCCCCGUCCACGCCGGGCGACAAGGGCCAGCAGCAGCAGGGCUCCGGGCAGAGCCAGCAGCAGCAACAACAACAGCAGCACAUCGAGUGCGUGGUCUGCGGCGACAAAUCCAGCGGGAAGCACUACGGGCAGUUCACCUGCGAGGGCUGCAAAAGUUUCUUCAAGCGGAGCGUCCGCAGGAACUUAACGUACACUUGCCGGGCCAACCGGAACUGUCCCAUCGACCAGCACCACCGCAACCAGUGCCAAUACUGCCGCCUGAAGAAGUGCCUCAAAGUGGGCAUGAGGAGGGAAGCGGUUCAGCGAGGAAGGAUGCCUCCGAGCCAGCCGAACCCGGGCCAGUACGCGCUGACCAACGGCGACCCGCUGAACGGCCACUGCUACCUGUCGGGCUACAUCUCGCUGCUGCUGCGAGCCGAGCCUUACCCGACGUCGCGCUACGGCAGCCAGUGCAUGCAGCCCAACAACAUCAUGGGCAUCGAGAACAUCUGCGAGCUGGCGGCCCGGCUGCUCUUCAGCGCCGUCGAGUGGGCCCGCAACAUCCCCUUCUUCCCGGACCUGCAGAUCACCGACCAGGUGGCCCUGCUGCGCCUCACCUGGAGCGAGCUCUUCGUGCUCAACGCCGCCCAGUGCUCCAUGCCGCUGCACGUGGCCCCGCUCCUGGCCGCCGCCGGCCUCCACGCCUCGCCCAUGUCCGCCGACCGCGUGGUGGCCUUCAUGGACCACAUCCGCAUCUUCCAGGAGCAGGUGGAGAAGCUCAAGGCCCUGCACGUCGACUCCGCCGAAUACAGCUGCCUCAAAGCCAUCGUCCUCUUCACCUCAGAUGCCUGUGGCCUGUCGGACGCGGCGCACAUCGAGAGCCUGCAGGAGAAAUCGCAGUGCGCCCUGGAGGAAUACGUGCGCAGCCAGUACCCCAACCAGCCCAGCCGCUUCGGCAAGCUGCUCCUCCGGCUGCCUUCCCUGCGCACCGUCUCGUCGUCGGUCAUCGAGCAGCUCUUCUUCGUCCGCUUGGUAGGUAAAACCCCCAUCGAGACGCUCAUCCGAGACAUGCUGCUCUCCGGCAGCAGCUUCAACUGGCCUUACAUGUCCAUCCAGUGUUCCUAGAGAGCAGCCCCUGGCCUCCCCC